AUGCCGCAAACUUAUACGAAUGAUCAUUCUCCAUCGGUCCUGCAAACAUACACUUGGCGCGAUGCUAAUAACUCGGCCGCGUAUCUUCUUUCAUAUCUACAGCCACAUAUGAGCAUUCUUGAUGUUGGCUGCGGUCCAGGUUCAAUCACAAUCGAUCUGGCACGGAAAGUUCCACAGGGCCAUGUGGUUGGCGUGGAAUAUGUAUCCGAUCCGCUAGAUGGUGCACGGUCUCUUGCUAGCUCCGAAGGAGUGACGAACGUCUCGUUUGAAGUCGGUGAUAUACACAACCUCCCGUUUCCUGAAAACACUUUUGAUGUUGUUCAUGCACACCAGGUUCUACAACAUAUUGAAGAUCCAGUGCAGGCAUUCAAGGAGAUGCGACGCGUUGUGAAGGAGGGAGGCAUCGUGGCAGUACAAGAGACUAGCACCUCGACAUUAUACCCUGAAUCAGAGGGCAUAGCAGCUUGGAGUGAUCUCCAGGACCAAAUGCGACAGGCUAAGGGCAAUUUUAUGAAGGCAGGUACUCAACUGCAUGUCUGGGCAAAGGGGGCUGGCUUUCCCUUAGAGAAAAUCAAGAAGAGUACUGGGUCAUGGUGCUUCAGUAGCCCCACUGAACGAGAGUACUGGGGCGGUGCAAUGGAGGGAAGAAUCCGCUCCUCUGGUCUCGCAGCGACUGCGGUUCGUGAAGGACUUGCCAGCGAAAAAGAAUUGCAGCAUAUGGCAGCAGCGUGGAGGGCCUGGGUGGAGAAUGAGGAUGGGUGGCUCGGAUUUUUAAACGGGCAGAUUCUCUGCUGGAAGUGA